AUGGAGAACGGGAGCGAUUCAUUGGCUGGUUCCUCCCAUCCAGCAAUGUAUGAUUCACCUAUGUGUACUGUUCUAAACACCUCCUGCGAUUGUCAUUUUGAAUAUCAGUUUUAUGAGUAUCCAGAAAGAGUUCUACUCGGAUUGGUUGCUUUACCUAUUAUUAUGUUCGGCCUUUGCGCGAACUUGACAAGUGUACGAAUUUUUACUCAUCGUCUGAUGUCCAGCUCUUCCAUUAAUUGGUAUUUAGCCGUUCUUUCGGCUUCUGAUACUUUUAUUCUUGUUUCCGCCUUUUUCGUAUUAUCUAUGCCUAGGUUAGGCGAAUUUCUAUCUUUAUGGCGGUUCAAUUAUAUAAGCUAUUCAGUAGCUCCUUAUUUCUAUGGAUUGAUGAUGACUGCUCAAACUAUCAGUGUUUUCAUGACAGUAGGAGUAUCAGUGCACCGUUACAUAGGUGUAUGCCAUCCAUACAAGUCAAUGGAAUGGCUACCGAAGAAGCGCGUCACACGAUUCAUACUAUCGUUACUGGCUUUUGCCGUUCUCUUCAAUACCACACGAUUUUUCGAGGUACACGUCUCAAAUGUGUGUUAUCGAAUUAACAUCAAUUACUAUAUGCCAUCACUACAACCAACAGCUUUACGUCUAUCAUCCAUCUAUCGAAUUGUUUUCUUUGGAUGGGUCUAUACCAUUGUUAUGUAUGUCGUGCCUUUCACACUGUUAAUUGCAUUAAAUUCAAUGGUUUUAUUGGCUGUUAGAAGGAGUAGGAGAAUGCAUAUGGUUAGCCAGUGUGGCGUAGAAAAUGAUGAAUAUUCGAAAAAAGCUGAAAGGAAGGAACGUCAAACUUCAAUUAUGCUAAUAGCUAUCGUUAUUCUGUUCAUAUCAUGUAAUACACUAGCUUUUGUUUGUAACAUAAUGGAAAACUUGGACGAAAUCAGUACGAUCUAUCAGGCUCUUGUAACAUUCAACAACCUAUUGGUAGUUGUUAAUGCUUCAUGUAACAUCUGCAUCUACAUGCUGUUUUCUGAGAAAUAUCGUAUGCUACUUCGUCAUUACAUUUGCUGUGAUUGGUCGAGGCAGGGUGAAAUGCUUAUAAGUUCAGUUGUUGGAUAA